UUCAGGGCCACCUGUUGGAUUUGUAGGUUCAGCUCGAUCAAUGUCAGAAAUUAUAACGCAAUGGCAACCGCCUUUGGAAGAACAUCGCAACGGACAAAUUCUUGGCUAUAUAAUACGUUAUCGUCUAUUUGGUUAUAACAAUGUACCUUGGACAUAUCAGAAUAUUACAAAUGAAGCGCAACGAAACUAUUUAAUACAAGAACUCAUCACUUGGAAAGAUUAUAUAGUACAAAUCGCAGCUUAUAACAAUAUGGGAGUGGGUGUGUACACCGAAGGAGCUAGAAUAAAAACAAAAGAAGGCAUACCGGAAGCACCACCUACAAAUGUUAAAGUUGUUGCCAUAAAUUCUACUUCAGUUAAAGUAUCCUGGAUACCACCAAAUCCACAACAAAUAAACGGCAUAAACCAAGGAUAUAAAAUACAAGCUUGGCGUCAUGAAAUGAACGAUGAUGACUUGGAAGAAACUGAAGCCCGAAUGAUCACAGUACCGCCAAGUCUAAUUGAUCCACUUGCCGAACAAAUUGCUAUUCUAAGUGGACUGGAAAAAUUCACGGAUUAUAAUAUAACAGUUUUAUGCUUCACAGAUCCUGGUGAAGGUGUUCGUAGCUAUAAAAUAGCUGUUAAAACGAAAGAGGAUGUGCCAGAUGAAAUUACCGCUUUGCAUUUUGAUGAAGUUUCAGACAGAUCUGUUAAAGUGUUGUGGGCACCACCGAAAAAUUUAAAUGGAAUUUUGACUGGUUAUACCGUGCGGUAUAAAGUUAAAGAUCAUCCUGAAACUUUAAAAUCAGUUAAUUUGACUGCUGAUGAUACACAGUUAACAGUUACACAAUUACAAGCCACUACGCAUUACUGGUUUGAAAUAAAGGCAUGGACUAAAGUUGGUGGGGGACCUGCAAAAACUGCAACAAUACAGUCGGGAGUUGAGCCUGUAUUGCCACAUCCACCAACAAAUUUGGCGCUUUCUAAUAUAGAGGCAUUCUCGGUUGUGUUGCAAUUUACGCCUGGGUUUGAUGGUAACUCAUCUAUUACGAAAUGGAAAGUGGAUGCACAAACUGCGCGUAAUAUGACCUGGUUUACAGUCUGUGAAAUAUCAGAUCCUGAUGCAGAAACUUUAACAGUAACGGGACUAAUGCCAUUCACUCAAUACCGUUUACGUCUGAGUGCUACAAAUGUUGUGGGCUCUUCCCAGCCUUCCGAAGCUACCAAAGACUUUCAAACUAUACAGGCAAGACCAAUGCAUCCACCAUUUAAUGUAACAGUGCGAGCAAUGAGUGCUACACAGUUAAGAGUACGCUGGAUUCCAUUACAACAAACUGAAUGGUUUGGGAAUCCUCGUGGUUAUAACAUUACAUAUCGUCAAAUUGAAAGCAUAACGAAGGUAUCAGCGAAAUCUGUAUUAAUUGAAGAUCAUACUGCGAAUUCGCAUGUGCUAGAAGGUUUAGAAGAAUGGACUCUUUACGAGGUUUUGAUGAAUGCUUGUAAUGAUGUGGGUUUCUCGAGAGAUAGUGCAAUUGCUGUCGAACGAACACGUGAAGCGGUACCUUCGUAUGGUCCUUUAGAGGUGCAAGCCAAUGCCACAUCCUCCACAACAAUUGUAGUACGCUGGGGUGAAGUGCCGAAGCAGCAUCGUAAUGGUCAAAUUGAUGGCUACAAAGUGUUUUAUGCCGCUACUAACCGUGGCGGUCAAGUGCUACACAAAACCAUAUCAAAUAAUGCUUCCUACACAACUACAUUGACUGAACUAAAAAAAUUCGUAAUCUACCACAUACAAGUACUUGCAUUUACUAGACUCGGUGAUGGUGCUUUAAGUACUCCUCCAGUACGUGUACAAACAUUUGAAGACACACCAGGUCCGCCUUCCAACGUAAGCUUUCCAGAUGUAUCAUUUUCGACUGCUCGUAUAAUUUGGGAUGUACCUGAAGAUCCAAAUGGCGAAAUCUUAGCUUAUCAAGUGACAUAUUCAUUAAAUGGCAGUGUUAAUCUUAACUACAGUCGUGAAUUUCCACCAUCAGAUCGCACUUUUAGAGCAACACAAUUGUUGGCAGAACGGUAUUAUAUUUUUAGUGUCACAGCUCAAACACGUCUGGGUUGGGGUAAAACCGCCGCAGUUCUUGUUUACACUACAAACAAUCGCGAACGCCCACAACCACCAUCUAUGCCACAAAUAUCGCGUAGUCAAAUACAAGCGCAUCAAAUAACUUUUAGUUGGACACCCGGCCGCGAUGGAUUCGCCCCACUUCGCUAUUACACUGUACAAUUAAGAGAGAAUGAUGGUCCUUGGACAAUACUGCCAGAACGUGUCGAUCCUGCAUUUACUUCUUAUACUGCAAUUAAUUUGAAACCACAUACUACAUAUCAAUUUCGCAUACAAGCGACAAACGAUUUAGGUGCAUCAGCGUUUAGCCGUGAAAGCAUUGUAGUGCGUACACUCCCAGCAGCACCAGCAGUUGGGGUAUCCAAUUUGAAAGUGGUACCAAUAACAACAACAUCUGUACGUGUUCACUGGAAUGCACUGGAAACUAGUUUGUGGAAUGGAGACGCAGCAACUGGUGGUUAUCGUGUUAUGUAUCAACAAUUAGCCGAUCUUCAAACAAUUUCCUCAACCCCAAAAACAGAUAUAAUGGGUAUAAAUGCAAAUUCAAUGGUGUUGACUGACCUGCAGCAAGAUCGUAAUUAUGAAAUUGUUGUGUUGCCUUUUAAUUCACAAGGUCCCGGUCCUGUUACACCACCAGCUGCCGUUUAUGUUGGCGAAGCUGUACCAACUGGGGAACCUCGUGCAGUUGAUGCAGCUCCUAUUUCUAGUACAGAAGUAAGACUACGUUGGAAACCACCAAAGCAAAGCAUGCAAAAUGGUGAUCUCUUAGGUUAUAAAAUAUUUUACUUAGUUACUGACUCGCCACAAGAGUUGGAAGAGGGUCGGAAAUGGGAAGAAGAAAUCGAAGUUGUUUCAGCCACUGCUACUUCACACAGUCUUGUGUUUCUUGACAAAUUCACUGAAUACCGGGUACAGAUAUUGGCUUUCAACCCAGCAGGCGAUGGACCACGUUCACAACCUAUAACUGUUAAAACAUUGCAAGGUCUGCCAAGUGCGCCAUUGAAUUUACGAUUUGAAGAUAUAACAAUGCAAAGCCUUAAAGUAUCAUGGGAUGUCCCAAAAUUUCGUAAUGGUGAAAUACUUGGAUACUUGGUAACCUAUGAGACAACCGAGGAAAACGAAAAAUUCAGCAAACAAGUGAAACAAAAGGUUUCCAACACAAAUUUACUUGUACAAAAUCUAGAAGAAGAAGUUACUUAUACAUUUACAGUACGAGCACAAACCAUUGACUAUGGUCCAGCUGUUAGCGAAAAUGUGACAACUGGUCCACAGGAUGGCUCUCCAAUAGCACCUAGAGACUUAAUUCUUGCUAAAACACUUUCGAGUGUAGAAAUGCAUUGGCUUAAUGGGCCUUCCGGCAGAGGGCCAAUACUUGGCUAUUACAUUGAAGCAAAAAAGCGGGAAAGAGGAGAGCCAACAUUUAUUUACGAUUCUCGUUGGGAGACAAUUACGCGAACGACCACUGGCACCAUGCAGGAUUUUACUGUCAGCUAUCAAAGUUUACUACCAUCCACCGCCUACACAUUCCGCGUCAUUGCCUACAAUCGUUACGGCAUAUCGUUCCCAGUGUAUUCAAAGGACUCAAUACUGACACCUUCUAAACUGCAUUUGGAAUACGGUUAUCUGCAGCAUAAACCAUUUUACCGCCAAACGUGGUUUAUGGUUGCUUUAGCUGCCACAUCCAUUGUCAUAAUAAUCAUGGUAAUAGCAGUGCUGUGCGUAAAGAGUAAAAGCUAUAAAUAUAAACAAGAAGCACAGAAAACUUUAGAAGAGUCAAUGGCUAUGUCAAUCGAUGAACGGCAGGAGCUUGCUUUGGAAUUGUAUCGUUCACGACAUGGUGUUGGUACAGGCACACUGAAUAGUGCUGGCACUUUAAGUCGUGGUACACUUGGUACGUUGGGACGAAAAUCAACAAAUCGACCACCAACAAGUUUGCAACUUGGCAAGAGUCCACCAAGACCUUCUCCAGCUUCAGUGGCAUAUCAUAGCGAUGAGGAGAGCUUAAAAUGCUACGAUGAGAACCCAGAUGAUAGUAGUGUGACGGAAAAACCAUCCGAAGUUAGUUCGUCUGAAGCAUCACAGCAUUCGGAAAGCGAAAACGAGAGUGUGCGGUCGGAUCCACAUUCUUUUGUCAAUCACUACGCAAAUGUCAACGACUCGCUGCGUCAAUCCUGGAAGAAAACGAAGCCAGUGCGAAAUUAUUCAAGUUACACAGACUCCGAACCGGAGGGUAGUGCAGUGAUGAGUCUCAAUGGCGGUCAAAUCAUUGUCAAUAAUAUGGCCAGAUCGAGAGCACCAUUGCCUGGCUUCUCCUCAUUUGUCUGACAAUCAACAGAGUUUUAAGGAACACGUAAAACCAAAAUUCCAUGGAUUUAUUAAGAUAAGAACAAAAUUGUUUUAGACUAGACAUACGUUAGUAAACACGCACACACAAACCUAUACAAGUUUUAAUGUGUUUGUGAGUGCCAGUGAAGGUUACUGCCGUUUUUUUUUAAAUUUUUGACAAUGCAAAAAACUUUAAAAUUAAGAGGGCUAAGCUACGAUGAUUUUUGUUUUAAUUUAAAAUAUUUUUAGAAUUAAAUUAGCGCAAUUAAUUAUUAAUCUAAUUAUGUUUUUGUGUAGUGUGAAUGUUGACUGAACUGUUUUAUAUACAAUUUUAUGUACUUGUUUUUUAUAUACA